AUGGGUCGCAAUCCUAAAGUGUGUACCUCUUGUAUCCACCACUGUCGAAUGUUUCAUCGUCCUCACCCAACAACCACAACCCAACCUACCUCUUUCUACAAGUUCAUGCUUCAUCAAAACCAUCUCAAACUUCUGUAUCUUCCUCCUAAGUUAAAACGCACUAUGUCUGGUUUGGUUGGUAAGAACGUCACUCUUGAGGAUUCAAGUGGUGGUAGAUUUUAUGUAACUGUAUCAGAUGUUGAUGGUUCUUUAGCUUUUAAGGAAGGAUGGAAUGUUUUCUCACUGGAUCACAAGCUUGAAGUCGGGGAUUUAGUGGUAUUCAAUUGCAUUGACAAGUUGAAAUUUGGUGUCAAGAUCUAUGAUGAAUCUGUGUGUGAAAGGGUUGAUUUUUCUAAGAGAAGGAUUAGGAAAAAGAGAGAUAGAAAUGGUGAGUUUAUUAGAAAAGAUCCAAAUGCCUCACUUGCUAACUUCCAGACUGAAAAUGUUUUAGAAAAUGGUAAUGUGGAUGGAAGGGUUGAAUAUGUGCGUGCAUUAGGAUAUAUUGAAGACACAUGUUUCACAACAAGCCAUGCAUUUCAAAAUGAUGCAUCCUUUUAUAACAAAGAUCCUAUGUUUGAAGAAGUGUUGGGUACAGGAGAUACCUCAUAUGCAUUAAAACUUGAGUUGCUUGGAAGGAACAAUUGUGCAAUGCAGCACAAAUAUCCUGCUAUGACACUAGUAGAAAAUAAUGAGCGCGAGUCCAAAGGAGAAGUUCAAGAGGGGAGUGAUCAGGCGGCAAUUUCCAAAGGAAAACAUGCCUUACAUGCAUUCGAACUUGAAACUUCUGGAAGAAACAAUUCUCUUGGUGAUUCCGACAAAAUUGCAUAUGAAAAGACUUCUAUUUUGAAACAUAAAGAAAACAAAGAGGGCAAAUCCUUUUUCUCCAAAAAGGAAAUUCAAGAGUGCCAGUUUGCUGAAGGCUUAGGUGAGAGGAAGAAAGUGCCUAUGAACAUGAAUUCCAAAAGGCGGCGCCCUUUCAAUGAUAAAUUGUGUGCAACAGAGUUGCCAAAGGUUAAGGGAAAGCUUAAUCAAAAUAAUGAAGGUCACUUUGAAACUGGAGCAACUAUUUCCUGUGAGAAUACCAAAGAGAGGUUCAAUAAAAAAUCUAAUCUCUUAGAUGAUUGUAUUUACCUAGGUGAGACGCCGGUGGAAACGACUCCCAAAUUAUGCAGUAUCGACGAUAAAAUAAAUGUGACAGGGUUGACAGAGGUUAAGAGAGAUUUGAAGGAAGAUAAAACUACUGCAACUGUCACUGAUAACAAUUCUCUUGAAUUGUCAGAACCCUUGCCGUUAUCUUGUGUAGGGAAAGGAUCGAAGAAAAUGGUGGUGUAUCUUAAGGAUCCUUUGACGAGAAAGUGGCCGGUCCUUUGCAAUGAAAAAACUAGGUUCACAAGUGGAUGGUCAGAUUUUCAAAGAGCAAAUAGUAUUAAAACCGGCGAUGUGUGUGUUUUCAAGGUCGAAAACAAGUAUGAAAGUAUCGUCGCUGUACAUACAGACCAUAAGUGA